AUGUUGCUGCCAACUCAACUGCCCUGCAGACAGGCCAAAGAGCGCAAGGGGCCAUGUCCUCAUCUUGUGAACGGGAGACAAUGCCGCAGCCAGAGCUGCAGACAGAGGUCCUACCAUGACUACCAGCAGAUCCAGUGGUGGAAGCAGAAUCCCGGCAAGAGCCGAUGUCAGAAGGGGUCAAACUGCGCUCACCUCCAGACAAGAACCUGCUUGUGGACCCAUCCACCCGGAGACCAGGCGCUGCAGGCUCAGCUCAAAGAACUGAUGACGCGAGGCCUCACGUACAAAGAGACCCUCGAUACCACCAGACUCUUGGAGCUCAGUCAGGGCUUCAUCAGUAUCUCGGACCACUGCGAUCUUGCGAGCUUCAACAAAGUGUCUAGCACCGGGAUUGCCGUUCCAGGCUGUCCUCCCCGCUUCACACCCCUAUCCGAACCCCUCGUUCUCGAAUGCGAUGCAAACAACAAGUCCCUCUGCUUCGAGUUCCCGCGGUACACGCACCCAUUCGAGCCGCUAUUCCGAUCCGUCGCGGUCAUGUCCCCAGAUGUAAACAUCUUCGAAUCCGCCGAUAUCGUCAGCAACGCGAGCAAUCUAAGAAAACUCUUCCACAUCCUCGCGCACAAAUCCAUGCGGGCGGAGCGGUACGAUGUGGAGAUGCGCGGCAACACGCUGCUGCUGUCGCGGUGGAACGAGGAUCCCUCGCUGAACGACAGCCUGGGCCACGGCGCGGGGUUUGAGCGGAAGACUUGUCGGUAUCCCGCUGACGAUGAGGAGAUUUUGCGCCGCAGUUUGAGUCAUCACCGGGUGGUGGCGUAUCGGUUUGGGGGGCUGAGGUGUGUGGUCCAGUCCGAGGUGGAUGCGUAUUACUGCGAUUGCGAGAAGAGACGCAGCACCCUGUCACCGCAUGCAGUCCCCUUUGUUCCGAGCGGGAGUCCCAGUCCCGCGAUUCCCACCCCAACCUCCGGCUCUCCAACCCGAAAGCACUCCAUCUCACUCUCAGGACCCCCCUCGAAACAGCGACCCGAGCUUGCCUUUGCAGCUCUCCGACUGGACGACCCGGGUGACAGCCCAACCUUUACACCCGCCGAACCCGACAACAAUCCAACACUACCCUCCCCUCCCCUUACUCCGACUUCACCCCUCCACCCCGCCACCGACACCAUCCUCCAACAUGCCAGUGCUAAAAUCCACAUCCACCACCUCGGCCGAAACAUCCCUUCCCCCUGUCUAAUAGAAGUAAAAACCCACAAAGCCCUCAACACCCCCCUGUUCACACCCGACGCGCAACUCUACUUUUCCCGACGCACGCAGCUCUACGACGCGCCCUACCACGACAAAGGGGUGUUCCUCCCCGGCCCGGGGCUUGUUGUGCAGGACCGGACAGGUGCACUACGGGUCUGGGAGAGGGAGGAGCAAGAGACUUUGAGGAAGCUUGCUGCCCUUCUGAAGAUGGUGAGGGAUAAGGUUAGGGAGAUGGUGGAGAAGGGGGUGGAGAGGGUUGGAUUGGUUGUCUGUCAGGGUGAGGGUGGGAGUGGGCGGGUGGUUGUGGAGGUUUAUGAUCGGGGGAGGGGGGUUGGAUUGGUGCCGGCGGAUGUUUAG